UAAAAAAAAGCAUCACUUAGAUCGAAAAAAUAUGGAAGAUGGCAGAAAAAUCUACUUUCUUGAAUGAAAUCUUGAUUUUGGAUGAAAAAUUUUCGAGAAUCUUGCACAAUUUUCUUGAUAUUGAUGAUCUAACAUGGUUCUUCAUCUUCAAAAUAUGUUGAAUCUAUAAAUUUUUAGAUCUAGGGAGGUCUCUCCACGUUUUGGACUCCUCUUGGUAUAAAUAGGGUGUCAAAAUAAUACAUACCAAAAGUUUCUAAACCAAAAUAAAAAAAAACAAACUUCAAAUCAUUGGUGUGCUCACCCUACGGGGUCUGUUUUACAAAAGUACUUCGAUCGCGCUGGAAGAACACCAAUGGCAGGACACCGAUAGUUGACAACGGCAGACCUAGAUCCAGAAUUAAACCAUGCAUAAGCAUAGUUCAUUUGGUGUGUAAACAAAAUACAUGUAAUUUGGUCUCAAUAUUGGAUUUUUGAAACAUUGCAUACACAAGGCCUGCAGGCCCAUGUAUAUGCAUGGUACAAUUUUUAAGGAUCAAUUUUUCAAUUUGGUCCCUGAACUUUCUCACAUAUGUGUUUUGAUCCUUUAUCAAAAUUUCUUGUUCCAUUGACUUCUCUUCGAUUCCAAUUGAAUUUUGGCAUUCUCAAAUCAUCGUUUUGUAAUUCGACUUAACUUUAUAAGUAUUGUAUUUUAGUCCCCAAACUUUGUAUUUGAUUUGACCGAGCCAUUUUCUCUUGUAAUCUUGUUCCUUUAUUUUUCAAUUGUAUCCAAUUAAAUCAUUGAUAUCUUUAGUUCUCAUUUCGCCCUUCUGAUCUAUGAAUUGUUUGCAAUUUAGUCCUCAGCUUUUGGAUUUCACCCUUUUUCGCUAUUUUUGCAUUCUUUUCUCCGUUUCUUCAUCAAAUAUCGAGUUUUACCUAUUUGACACAAUAUAACAUAAAUUAUGCUAUAUUUCAUUAGAAGAACUACUAAAUAUCAUUAUUUAAAAUCUAGAAUAAGUAUAUAAAAUACACUUAUCACUCAUCAUACCAAAACCCUAAAAACUAGAUGUAGUUAGUAUAUACCAGUACAUUCCUUGAAAGGUGUUGGGUUCACAAUAUGAAGUGUCCAUCCCACUUCAGACACAUUGUACAUGUGCUUAUAUGAAAGCCAAGACAGAUCCAUGUCUUGUUAUUUACUUUACACUUAUUCUACGAAAGAUUGAAUUCAUAUUACUAUCAAGAUGUCCUAAAGAUACGCGCCACAUUAAGUGCACGUCAAUCUUGAGCUAGGUAAAACAAUUGAGGUCAUUCAUUUUACGUUUAUGUAAAUUUCAAAAAUCUAAAGCUUUGUUUGUUUAUUUAAUUAUUCGGAAAAGCCCAAAUCACAAGAUAUUAAAACAAGAUUUCAAGUUAUCGCAAAUAACGAAAGUAAACUUACAAAAAAAUUAAAAGAUUGAACCCAAUUGCUUUCUUUCAGUCUAAACCCUAGAUGUUCAAUGAUCAGAUCUAACACCUACAUCCUCAUUGAGCAUCUAAUAAAUUGGAUGUAUGCUCGGUUGCACUAAAUGACCCAAAAUAGCAACAAAAAUUACAGAUCAGUCCUUCCAACACAAGAGAGAAGUACAAGACUCUUAUUUCUUUGACAAUAAGUUGUUGAUCAUCGAAGAAUCACUCAAAAAAUUUCAACAUGUCUACUGAAACUAUUACUACAAGAAACCUGUCAUUCUUAUAGCCAUCACUCAAAAUAUUACAGAUAUCAAAAGUUAAAACUAGAUCUCAGUCUCGAAUGAGUAUUUCUAGAGGGAGGAGAAUUUUUCUCUCAAACUCAAAACGUCAAUGUUGAAGUGCCAAGUGAAACGACAUUGUGUGCCUUUAUAUCUAAUACAACAAAUAUGCCAUAAGGACACAUGUCGUUAUCUUGUAAAAACGCUUCAAUAAAAAGAAUCGCAUUUCUAGUAUUGCGACUUCAGCCAAAUUUUGGGAACACAUCACAAAUCCCAGGUUCGAGCCUCAACAACUUUUGACCAAGAAAUUUCAUUCACUAAUUUCUUGUUGAGCUAAAACUUACGCAUCCAAUCGAAUUUUUUUCCAAAUAUGCAGAGAAUUACAAGUGAAGUUGGUCCGAGUCAAUGUUCCACAGUCAAACCCGUUGAAGUAUAUGGUUUCUUCCUCUCAUUUUUCCAUGGAAUCCCAACAGCCCAGCUCAUUUACACACUCAUGAUUAAUCCAACUUGAAUUUUUCUCACAUACACUUUAAAUACUAAAUCAAACAAACCACUUCAUCCGCCUCCAAUUUCACCUCCCAAUUUCCAAAUUAUUCCGCCAUGGGAUUUGACGACGAAGAUCAUCCUUCCAAUCGUGGAAAAAACACUUAUGAUCUUAACAGUAAGAUCAUGAUCACAGCCAUAAUUUCAUUAUCAUUUGCGGUGAUACUUGUCACAAUCCUCCACAUAUAUGCUAGAUUUGUCAUUCGCCGCCAAGCACGGCGUCAGACUGCCUUGCGCCGCCUAGGCUUCAUCACAAGCGCCGCCAAUGUCCAAUUGAUGGAGCUACCAAAGACCGGCCUCGAUCCGUCUGUCAUGGCAUCGUUGCCCAUAUUUGUGUUCAAGCAAACAAAUGGAAAUAGUAGUGAUGAAAUGGGGUCAAGUUCGAUGGAAUGUUCAGUUUGUUUGAGCUUGUUCGAGGAUGGUGAAAUGGCUAGGACCUUGCCAAAUUGUAAGCAUACUUUUCAUGCAGAGUGCAUUGACAAAUGGUUUGAAUCAAACUCAACCUGCCCCAUUUGCCGGAUGGAGGCCGAGCCCAGGCUGGUGGCAGAGCCAAGGGAGGACGUGGCGGCGCCCUCGUCUCCACCACUCCAUGGUGCUAACUCUUUGAUCAUAACAAGCAUGGAAGGCACAGCAGACGGUGGAAUUUUAUCCACAGCAAAAAUUGUUGGAUCAAGUUCAAGAUUAAGUUCAUUCAGAAGAAUUCUUAGUAGGGAAAGAUCAUUUCGAAGAAUCCAAUCCUGCGGUCAAGAAGAUGGCUUACCUGAUCUUGAGAGGCAGUGAUUGUAAAUAAAUUAAACAAUUUUACUUCA